UUACAUACACACAUAUAUGAAUGUAUGUAUAAAUAUCAACAAGUGACUCUCUCUCUUUCUGGCAAUCUCUUCUCUCUCUCUCUCUCUCUCCCAUCUCUCUCCGCGGUCGCAGAUUUGAGGAAAGGCGAAAUGUGUGUUUGGUGAAGGCAAGCUGAAAACGACGGAACCCUCACAUCAUUACGAUUCGCGAACUGGGAAAAACCUUGCUUUAAGGCGGAGAAUCUGAGAACGGGAGGAGACUAGGAGAGGGGAGAACAACAAGCAGAAGAAGAUAGAAACAGAGUCGAAGAAGAAGGAGUUGAAGUGGAUAAGGAAAAUGAUGUGCCGGAAAAGCUCGAGUUUGGUCGACAAAGGGACCGUUCCGGUUUAUCUCAAUGUCUACGAUCUAACCCCCAUCAAUGGCUACGCUUACUGGCUUGGUCUCGGCGUUUAUCAUUCCGGUGUUGAAGUUCAUGGCAUAGAGUAUGCAUUUGGAGCUCAUGAAUACCCAACAACCGGAAUUUUCGAAGGGGAGCCGAAGCAAUGCGAAGGCUUCACCUUCAGAAAAUCGAUUUUGAUAGGUAAGACAGAUAUGGAGCAGAGAGAGGUGAGAGCUGUAAUGGAGGAUUUGGCAGAUAGCUAUAAGGGCAAUUCUUACAACCUCAUCACCAAAAACUGCAACCAUUUCUGCGACGAGGCUUGUAUUAAGUUAACUGGGAACCCUAUUCCCAGUUGGGUUAAUCGGCUCGCAAGAAUCGGUAAAAUCUCCGGUUUCAUGUGCAACUGUGUGCUUCCUGCGACCAUAAACACGACAAAGAUUGGGAACAACCGAAUCAACCAACAAGACAAAUUAUCGGAAGCAGAGAUCGAGAAGAAGAAACUGACGAGUGUUUGUAAUGGAGAGACUUCUACUUCGACGGUGAACUCUUUUUCGCCUUCGUCUUCGUCUCCUAUGGUUCAGGUAAGAGGCAGGAGCAGGAAAAGGCGUCCCCGUUCUCUGCAGCCUUCUUCUUCGCCUCUGAUUCUUGGUGGUUCUUCAUCCGUUUGAACUUUAUAAAACCCUUUUUUUUUGUAUAAAUAAAAUCCUUCAUACAGAAUCAAGAUUUUGUAAUCCAUUUUUUGUGCUCUCUCAGCCGGAGAGACCAGGAAAAUUGUUCAUGUUACCAUCUUUCUCUGUUUUCUUUUUUCAAAAUCUAAUCUUGUUUUGCUUCCAUCAUUUUGCUGAAAAGGAGUGUAGAAAUCUGGUAGAGACAUGUAUGUGCAAGCAUGCGUAUUCUUCUUUCUAUUGAUCUGAUCUUUGUUCUAGCUGUGUAUGUACCUUAAUUUACCAUUUCUAGACUUUGACGUAUACUUCUAAAAAAAAAUCUAAUCUUGUUUUGCUUCCAUCAUUUUGCUGAAAAGGAGUGUAGAAAUCUGGUAGAGACAUGUAUGUGCAAGCAUGCGUAUUCUUCUUUCUAUUGAUCUGAUCUUUGUUCUA